CAAUCAGGCAAGUAUCGUUCUCCUGGCAACCACCAAACCCAGACACGUCGAUCAGAUUGCCAGACAGAAAAGCGUGAUUCGUCACUCCAGAGAACACGUCUACACUACUUUACACCACUGAAUCUGGCGCUUUGCUUUACACCACUGAAUCUGGCGCUUUGCAUGGCACUUGGUAAUGUAAGGCUUGGAUGCAGCUGCUCGGCUAUGGAAACCCAUUCCAUGAAGUUCUCUAUGAACUAAUCUUAUGCUAAUCUGAAGGCCACACAAAGUUUAGAGGACUUUAGCUAUUGACUCUGCAGACAGUUUGCGACUUCUGCGCAGUGUGUGCUUCAGCAUGCGCUGACACUGUUCUGUCAUUUUUCUUGGCCUACGUUGCUGUUGUUCCCAGUUGCUUCCACUUUGUUAUAAUACCACUAACAGUUGACCAUGGAAUAUUUAGUAGCAAGGAAAUUUCACGGAUGGACUUAUUGCACAGGUGGCAACCUAUCACGGCACGAUGCUUGAAUUCACUGAGCUCCUGAGAGUGACCCAUUCUUUCACAAAUGUUUGUAGAAGCAGUCUGCAU